AUGCCACAAAAAAGCCUCCUAGAUGCUGAGGACGGCCGACAUGAAUCCGAAGCCUUGAGUGCUGAAGUCGCUCUUAAUGCUAAUAAUGUCUUAGCAACUGGACUGACCUCCAUCUCCUUGAAGACAGACCCCGCAUCCGAGACGAGGGAAGCACGUCGACGAGGUGGCCGGCUCUUGAGUUCCCAUGCUCCUGCAUUUCAGGGUUCUGCUUCUGCUCUUCCGACAGAAGGAGUUCCACAAUCUGCCCUGCUUGCCAUUAGUACGACGACCCCAUCCCCAGUAUCAUCUGAGCUCGUUCCCACCAAUCUCGCCGGCGCUGAUCACUUGGCUCGCCGUCAAGAGCAGCUUGAAGCCAUCUAUGGAGCGCUGGAGAAAGCCAAUAUUCGGUUCAAAAGCAACUUGCCGAAAGAACACUUGAUCGAGAUUGCUCGAGCUAGGGAAGACAUAUGCACGCAGAAGCGGCCGUUCCAUGCGCAGCCGACCGCCUACUCUGAAGAGAAGUAUCUCGAUCUGACAGAAUAUGAGAUCACCAAGAAGAUCGAUGGCGCCGACGGAAAGUCCUGGAGCGAGUUGAUUGCGAAGCAUCCCCAGGCGACUGUCCUCCCGCCUUCUGAGCAGCCAUCGGUUGCGCAAAUCUCUCUUCAUGCGCAGCUCAUCCCAAGCGUCGUUGAGAGCAAACUCCCCGGACCCGUGCGCCAGAAACAACUCAUCACGCUGUUUGAAGCCUACCGGGAGGUCAACAGCAAGCAUCUACGCGCUGGCCAUGCCAUCCUCCAGAACGAAGAAGACCUAGUCAACCUCUCCCGCCAGGCUGAAGAGGCUCACGCUAGUGCCCCUACAAAGAUCCAGUACGAAUUCCGCAUAGCGCGAGACAUCGAGAAGAUCAGCGUCUUCAAGACCCGCGACUGGUGGCGCGCCGUCGCCAAAUUCCUCCGCCCAUUCCAAGUCGCGCCCCAAGACCCAGCGCACCCAGAUCUCCUCCCAUGGGUCAUCGAAGGCGUUGACAUGAACACUACUCGUCAGAACCGCCUGAAUACCUUGUAUAAUACGCUAGGCCUAGCUGAUGAGCGUCAUAUCCGGGGCGGGAUAUCCGUAUUCGUUGACGCAGAGAUCGUCCAGCUAGCUUUGAUUCUGGAGGCGCGUUCGGUCCGAACCUUUAGCCGUAUUCGCACGGAGGAUGAAUACUUGGAAGAGAUUCAGGAGAGUAUCGAGACCUAUUGGCACUCGACUCAAGCUACGUGGCUCUCGCUCGUUCAGCCAUUUGAUGCCAACCGGGAGCAAUUGCGUAAGCAGCAGCAGAAAGCGGUUGCGAAGGAGCCCGUGGAAAUAUCCCUAGAUCUGCGUCAGCUCUUCGGCGAAAAGAGCAACGGGGAGGAUGAGAAUCUGGAGGAGAAGCGCAAUGAUACAACGAACAUAGCUUCUGGUACGUGGGAGGUGGCAGCGAGUGACGUAAAGAAGACGAUACAUAAGCCGACGAGGAAGAUACUUCGUCCUGUUUCGAGGAGAACUCUACAGCCCUUAUCCGAUAGUCUGCAAGUGAGCGAGCUAGUACACGAUACGCCUGACUCUGCAGCUGCUACAACGUUAGGAGGGUCUCCUGAAACUACGUCGGAUGUGGGCAGAGAUGAUUGA